CCCAGCUGUCACAAGAAAUUAAAAACUGUGUUUGUGAACACGAUUUCAUUUCCUUAGAACAAUUCUAGUUUCUUAAUUUAAACCUAUUAGCUGUAACAGAAUUUGAGGGAUUAAUUACAGAUUAAACUGAAGUGUGAACUUGUAAAAGAUGUAAGGUGCUGGAUUAAAAGCAUUAAAAAAUGUCAAGUACUCGCUGGGCUUUCAAUAUAUCGAAGUGGGAACCAUCUAAACAAGAAUUUUUAUUGGCGUCAUCAUGUUUACAGAUUGAAGAAAAGAAUAGAUUGGAUAAAUUUGUCUUCAAAAAAGACGUUAAAGCAACUCUGGCGGGACGGCUGAUGAUUAGAAAAUUCAUUUUCCAGAAUACUGGACGUCCAUACAAUUCUAUUAUAAUUUCAAGGGAAUCUAACAAUAAACCUGUUUACAAAAUGAGUGACACAUGCACUGUUAGUUUUAAUGUUUCUCACCAUGGCUCAUUUACAGUUCUUGCUGGAGAAGUGGGAAACCAAAGAAAUGGCAGAAAAUUCGUGAUUCUCCUAAUCAAAAAAAGAUUGCCAUUUUUUAUCGGAACUGGGCGCUAA